AUGCUGUCCUCGCGAGCCGUGCUGUCCUUGCGAGCUUUGCUGUCCUCGCGAGCUUUGCUGUCCUCGCGAGCUUUGCUGUCCUCGCGACCUUUGCUGUUCUCGCAAGUUGUGCAGUCCUCGCAAGUUCUGCUGCCCUCUCAAGUUCAGCUGUCCUCACAAGUUGAGCUGCCCUCUCAAGUUGAGCUGCCCUCUUAUGUUGAGCUGUCCUCCAAAGUUGAGCUGUCCUCUCAAGUUGAGCUGUCCUCUCAAGUAAUGCUGUCCUCGCAAGCCGUGCUGUCCUCGCAAGCUGUGCUGUCCUCGCAACCUGUGCUGUCCACGCAAGCUGUGCUGUCCCCGCAACCUGUGUUGUCCUCGCAAGCUGUGCUGUCCUCGCAAGCUGUGCUGUCCUCCUGUGUAUCCUCGCAAGCUGUGCUGUCCUCGCAAGCUGUGCCGUCCUCGCAAGCUGUGCCGUCCUCGCAAGCUGAGCCAUCCUCACAAGCUGUGCUGUCCUCGCAAGCUGUCCUGUCCUCGCAAGCUAUGCUGUCCUCGCAAGCUGUGCUGUCUUCGCAAGCUGUGCUGUCCUCGCAAGCCGUGCUGUCCUCGCAAGCUGUGCUGUCCUCGCAACCUGUGCUGUCCACGCAAGCUGUGCUGUCCCCGCAACCUGUGUUGUCCUCGCAAGCUGUGCUGUCCUCGCAAGCUGUGCUGUCCUCCUGUGUAUCCUCGCAAGCUGUGCUGUCCUCGCAAGCUGUGCUGUCCUCGCAAGCUGUGCUGUCCUCGCAAGCUGCGCUGUCCUCGCAAGCUGUACUGUCCUCGCAAGCUGUGCUGUCAUCGCAAGCCGUGCUGUCCUCGCAUACCGUGCUGUCCUCGCGAGCCGUGCUGUCCUCGCAAGCCGUGCUAUCCUCGCAAGCCGUGCUGUCCUCGCAAGCUGUGCUCUCCUCGCAAGGUGUGCUGCCCUCGCAACCUGUGCUGUCCUCGCAAGCCGUGCUGUCCUCGCAAGCCGUGCUGUCCUCGCAAGACGUGCUGUCCUCGCAAGCCGUGCUGUCCUCGCAAGCCGUGCUGUCGUCGGAAGCCGUGCUGUCCUCGCAAGCCGUACUGUCAUCGCUAGCUUUGCUGUCCUCGCAAGUUGUGCUGUCCUCGGAAGUUGUACUGUCCUUUAAAGUUGAGCUGUCCUCUUCAGUUGGACUGUCCUCUCAAGUUGAGCUGUCCUCUCAAGUUGAGCUGUCCUCUCAAGUUGAGUUGUUCUCUCAUAUUGAGCUGUCCUCGCAAGCCGUGCUGUCCUCGCAAGCUGUGCUGUCCUUGCAAGCUUUGCUGUCCUCGAAAGUUGUGCUUUCCUCUCAAGUAGUGGUGUCCUCGCAAGUUGAGCAGUCCUGUUAA